AUGUUUAUUGGUGAUAGAGGUUUCACUCGGUGUAAAGGUAAAUGGAAUUUAUAUACACUUGAUUCUAUAUGUAAAGGUGAAACACAACUACCAGCAACAAAAGCCAACCAAAUCAGAUGCAUAAUUCGAAUUCCUAAUGCUAUUGAAAGAGGUUUUGGCAGAUUAAAGCAAUGGAAGUUUAUUGACUCCGUGGCUAAUACGGAAUAUAUACCAAUUAUAUAUACAAUUAUGAAGAUAUUAUGUGCUGUUGAUAAUGCUUUUUUUUGCAAUCUUGUGGAAGAUAGUGAUGAAGCCUAUGCAAAUGCUAAAGUUAUUAUAAGUAACUUAGAGUUAGAAAAUAAAGUCAUGUUAUUAGAAGCAGAUACAAUAGGUUGGAGAAAAUCUAAUACAAGCGAUAUUAGCACUAUCAUUCCAUUAUAUGAUUAUAAUGAUAUCAAGAAAUUCAGCAGUGAAUAUUCAAUACGAGUAGCACAUGCAUAUUUAGGACACAUUCAACAACAAUGGACAAUGUACAUCCACUAUGACUAUUCAUCAACAAUCAAAAUAAAAAAUAUUGUCUCAAGGUACAAGACAACUGACAACCCAAAGAAACAUACUGUAUGGAUACGUUUUGGACAAAAUAAACUUGAUGAUACCGCUUCAUCUUGUACUUCCAAGAGUGGUUUGCGUACUGCAGGUGGCAGUUGCUCUCAUGCAUUAUUCAUCAAUGCUUUAGAUUGUGCUACAUAUAAAGAGAGAAAUAAAAUCAAACAUCCAUCACCAGAAGAUGAUAAAGCAAUCAAUCAAACCAAAAACUUAACAUCAUUAGAUGAAGAAUUAAUUGAUGACGAAUCAGAAAAUGAUGAUGAAUCAAUAACCGGCAAUGAAUUAAAUAGUGAUACAACAACAGAUGAUGAAUCUACAGCUGAUACAACAACAGAUAAUGAAUCUCCAGGUGCGACAACAACAGUUGAUGAAUUUACAAGUGAUACAACAAUAGAUGAUGAAACAACUGAUGAUAAAUUAAUAGAUGGUUGUCAAUAA